AUGUAAUAAUAAGACGAUAGUUAAACAUAAAAAGAAGUGACCAAACCAAAAAAUAAGGCUAAGAAAAACAAAGAACGACUCAUAAUGAAUGUUUCCAGUACAAAUGAUCAAGAUAUCUUUUUUUAGGUUCUUAAUACCCUGUGAUUCGGUAUGUUGGUAAAAAGAUGUUAAAUUGGAAAAUUUAGAAAGAGGAGAAUGGUACCAAUUGGGAUGUUUGGUGGACUGAUGGUGCUGUAUUCUCAGAUCUCUUGGGGAGAAUGAAUGGUAAUCAAUUAAUCAAACCAUUUAGCCCAUCAAAAAGUUAAUCAUUUCCCUGGAAUGUAUAGUUUAGCUCGCAAAAAUCAUCUGGGAAGGAACUUAAUGAAGAUGCACAAAUAGUUUCCUAAAGCAUAUAAUUACUUCCCUUACACUUGGUUAUUGCCAGCAGAAUUAAGUGAUUUCAGAGCAAAUAUUGGCAAGAACAAAACUUUUAUUAUCAAACCUGAGGCUUCAUGUCAGGGCAAGGGAAUAAUGCUGGUUAAGGAUUCAGAAGGUCUUUCAAUUCAUGAACACUAUGUCGCUUAAAGAUAUUUGAGCAAUCCUUAUUUGAUUGAUGGUUUAAAAUUCGAUCUUAGAAUCUAUGUAUUGUUGGCUGGUUGUGAUCCUUUAAGAAUUUACAUCUUUAAAGAAGGUCUUGCUAGAUUUGCAACUGAGUAAUACAAGAAACCUGGUAAAGACAAUUUGGAUAAUAUCUGUAUGCAUCUCACGAAUUAUGCUGUUAAUAAGGAUAACGAAAACUUUGUAUUUAAUUAGAGUGAUUAAUAAAUGGAUGUUGGUCAUAAGAGAAGUAUGACAAGUGUUUUUGAAUUGCUCAGGAGUAAAGGUGAAAAUGUUGAUUUGUUAUGGAAUACAAUAAAAAAGAUGAUGAUUAAGACAUUCUGUGCUGUGUAGCCUAUUCUAGCUCAUUAAUAUAAAUCCUGCCAACCUAAUAAUCAUAUGAACAAUAUGUGUUUCGAAGUUUUAGGCAUGGAUGUUAUCUUGGAUCAUAAGCUAAAGCCAUAUUUAUUAGAAGUUAACCAUUCCCCUAGUUUUACAACAGACACUCCUUUAGAUGCAACCAUAAAAAGGUCAUUGAUUUCAUAGUCUUUGAUUUUAAUGAAUUGUACUUGGAAGGCUAAAUAGGAAAUUAUAAAUUAAGAAAGACAAAUAUUAUAAUAGAGAAUGUUGACAAAUAAACCAACCAGGUUAACAUUUGAGGAGAGGCAAAAACUAAUAAAGUAGUGUUAAGACAUGAGAGAUUAGUAUGAAAAUUAGAAUCUAGGAAAUUUUGAAAAAGUCUACCCAUUAGAAUAAUAUGAGGAGGAGUAUGAGAAAUUUAUAGAGUAUGCAGGAUAAUUAUACUAAGAAUCAACAGGAGCAAGUAAAGCUUUAAAACAAUUACAAUAAUAGCAACAAUAACAAUAAUAUUAAUAAUAACAUUAACAAUAAUAAUAAUAAUCAUCUAAAAGAAUUGAAAAAACUGAACUCAAAUCAGAAAUCACUUUAAGAAAUUUAGAAUACAAAUCAGAAUCUAAAAUUUUAGAACAAAAAACAGAAUUUGUUAGAUUAAAAAGUGAAAAAUCCUCUGGUAUGAAAAGAAUUUUAAAGAAGGAGUAUUCAACAGCUCUUUUAGCUGAUGAAACUAUCAGAAACAUUAAAUUUACUGGUUUGAAACCUCAAUAAAGAGCUUUAUUAAAGUAGGAAACUGUGAGGAAGAACUUUAAACUCCCUGUCAGCUAAGGUACUUUUGUCACACCGAAAUUAUUUAUGAUUAAUGAAAACAAUAAAAAUGGCAAUAAUCCCUUUUGA